GUGAACUUGCUGGUGAAGUAGCAGGCAUCAUAGAAAGCCCGUCAGACAGUUUUGCAAGCCACACCGGCAGGGUUUGCAGCUGCCUUCCGACAUAGAGGAAGUCAAAGUCUUUCAGUGUUUCUAGGGUGCAUAUUUGUGCCAGAUGUGAAAUGCCUUGAUGUAUUCUUUUGCUAAGAGUUAAUCUCACAGUAUAUUAGGUUUUAAGAACUUUAGCUCUCAAAAUGGGCAGAAUCUUCCUUGAUCAUAUUGGUGGUACCCGUCUGUUUUCUUGUGCAAACUGUGAUACGAUCCUGACCAACCGCUCAGAACUCAUCUCUACUCGGUUCACAGGCGCCACCGGUAGAGCAUUUCUUUUUAACAAGGUAGUUAACUUGCAGUACAGUGAAGUUCAAGAUCGGGUCAUGCUCACUGGUCGCCACAUGGUUCGAGAUGUGAGCUGCAAAAACUGCAACAGCAAACUAGGAUGGAUCUAUGAGUUUGCUACUGAAGACAGCCAGCGCUAUAAGGAAGGCCGGGUGAUCCUGGAGCGCGCGCUAGUUCGUGAGAGUGAAGGCUUUGAGGAGCAUGUACCAUCUGAUAACUCUUGAAGAAAAAAGAUAAAUCCGUCUUUUCCCAGGUCUCCUUCACUGAAAACAGAAAUCUACUUACAUACACUGUCACCUUAGCAUCAGAGUCGGAUUCAUGAACUGCGGACAAGAGGGUGUGAGAAUCUGAGAUGGAACCUUUCUUUCUUUCUUUCUUUUUAAUUUUGCAUUUCCCAUCCAACAGCAGUUUGUAGAGAGAACUUUUGCAGAUGCCGUUAAUUUUUUUCCUUUUGUUUACAUCUCGAGGCAGAUGAGUCUGCAGUUAUGUGGUGGGCUGUGUGAGGGGAAAGUUGGCCCCUACAGUGAAAAGGAGUGUUUUGUGUACAUUUUGCGUGGAGAAUAUGUCAAGAGCAUGGUUUUUAAAUUUAUUUGGGCUUCGUUUUAAACUUUCUUUUAAACCCAGUUAUUUCACUUAAUUUGCUAGCUUCAAGAAGAGAUCCGAAUCUGUGCCCAGCGCUGGAGGCUCAGUGUUAGUGUGGCUUGUGCUGGCCAGUGUGCCAUAUUCUUGUUGGAGAGGAACUGUAGCACCAGAACCCAUUCUUCCUUGUCAGUCCUGACCCACGAUGUCACCACCCCUAGUUACUUGUCACCAAACACGUGGUGUUGAUUGGAGAUUUCCUGAAAUGGGGCAGAACUGCUUGGCUGUCUUUCCCAUGUAACUUAAGCAUAGUAAUAUAAAUAAAGUGAUAGUUGGA